AUGACAGAUUACGAACCGCUAACUUCAACAGUUAGACCUCUAACCCAAUCUAUUAUAACAGUCAGAAUCAUCAAAUCAUUUCCAUAUAGAAAUGUCAAGAAUUACAUUUUGAAGGAUUAUGAUAUCUCAUCAAAGAAACCAAGAGAUCUUUUAGAUGAUAUAGUGAAUAAAAUCAAGACAGAAGGUGGGUUGAGACCAUAUAGAACAGUCAAUUAUGAUUCUUUGAAGAUAUAUACUCAUGCACACGGAUCAAAGACUAUGAAUUUGGUUAUAAAUUUCGAACAUGACGAGGAUUGGUUUUUGGAUUUGAACUCUGAAAAUUCUUUACAUCAAUUAGGUGUUGGUAUGUGA